AUGCAGAAAAUAGCAGUUUUCUUCUUUGCUCUAGUGCUUCUCGCUUGCGCCGAACAAAAGUGCAAAGUAGACAAGGACUGUUCUCCAGGAUUCAAAUGCAGCGGAGGAUUCUGUGCUGUCAAUCCGAGAUGCCCUGUGCUCGUUUCUCCGCAAAUUCCGGCUGGGUGCAAAUUGGAAACGAGUGUGGACGACAACUAUUGUCCAAAGAACAAAGUUGUUUGCUAA